AAAAAAAAAAAAAANGUUCUUGUAAUAAAUCCUCUCAUUUCCUCUUCAAAACCCCACAUUUUUGAUUUCAAGAGAAAAAAGGUGAGGUAGGAGUAGAUUACUGUAACAAAAGGCCUUCCCCAACCCAAACCCAGCUGGGUUUCCUCUGUUUUUCAAGCAUAGAAUAAAGCUCCUACAAGAGGAAAGGAACAAACCCAAUACCCAUUUCCUGGAGAAUCUCAAAAUGGGGCAUGUCAUGGUGGUUCUUUGGUGUUUAUUUGGUGUUUUUUCUGUUCAUGCCUCUGUUUCUUAUGACUCCAAGGCUAUUAUCAUUAAUGGGCAGAGGAGGAUACUCAUUUCAGGCUCCAUUCAUUACCCCAGAAGCACCCCUGAGAUGUGGCCAGAUCUUAUUCACAAGGCCAAGGAAGGUGGUCUAGAUGUUGUUGAAACCUAUGUCUUCUGGAAUGGACAUGAGCCUGAACAAGGAAAAUACUACUUUGGGGGGAGCUAUGAUCUUGUUAGGUUUGUGAAGCUGGUGCAGCAAGCUGGGCUUUAUGUUCAUCUCAGGAUUGGACCUUAUGUUUGUGCUGAAUGGAACUUUGGUGGGUUUCCUGUUUGGUUGAAGUACAUUCCUGGUAUCAGUUUUAGAACAGAUAAUGCUCCUUUUAAGUUUCAUAUGCAAAGAUUUACCAAGAAAAUUGUGGAUAUGAUGAAAGCUGAGAGGCUAUAUGAAUCUCAAGGUGGUCCUAUAAUUUUAUCUCAGAUUGAGAAUGAAUAUGGACCUAUGGAAUAUGAACUCGGUGCACCCGGAAAAGCGUACUCGACGUGGGCUGCACAAAUGGCUUUGGGACUUGGUACUGGUGUUCCAUGGGUCAUGUGUAAGCAAGAUGAUGCCCCUGAUCCUAUUAUUAACACCUGCAACGGUUUCUAUUGCGAUUAUUUCUCACCGAACAAAGCUUAUAAACCGAAGAUGUGGACGGAAGCCUGGACUGGAUGGUUUACUCAGUUCGGAGGUGCGGUUCCUCAUAGACCGGCCGAAGACAUGGCCUUUGCCGUUGCGAGAUUCAUUCAGAAGGGAGGAUCAUUCAUUAACUACUAUAUGUAUCACGGUGGAACGAAUUUUGGACGAACUGCUGGUGGUCCCUUCAUCGCUACGAGUUAUGAUUAUGAUGCUCCGAUUGACGAAUACGGCUUAUUGAGGCAACCGAAAUGGGGUCAUCUGAAAGAUCUGCAUCGAGCCAUUAAACUUUGUGAGCCAGCUCUUGUGUCUGGAAAUCCGAUCGUGACACGACUCGGGAAUUAUCAAGAGGCUCAUGUAUUCAAAUCAAAAUCCGGUGCUUGUGCUGCGUUCCUUUCGAACUACAACCCAAGAUCUUACGCAACGGUGUCGUUCGGUAACAUGCACUACAAUAUUCCGCCUUGGUCUAUUAGCAUUCUCCCAGACUGUAAAAACACAGUAUACAAUACUGCAAGGGUCGGUGCCCAAACGGCAAGAAUGAAGAUGUCGCCGGUUCCUAUGCACGGAAGUUUCUUAUGGCAAGCAUACAAUGAAGAACCAGCCUCUUACAAUGAUAAAGAAUUUACAACAGUAGGCUUGUUAGAGCAGAUAAAUACUACAAGGGAUGCCACUGAUUACUUGUGGUAUACAACAGAUGUACAUAUCGAUGCUAAUGAAGGAUUUUUGAGGAGCGGAAAGUAUCCUGUUCUUACUAUCUUGUCAGCUGGCCAUGCUAUGCACGUUUUCGUUAACGGUCAACUAGCAGGAACUGCUUAUGGAAGUUUAGACUUCCCUAAGCUAACAUUUAGCAAGGGGGUAAACUUAAGGGCAGGGAACAACAAAAUUGCUCUUCUAAGUAUCGCUGUCGGUCUCCCGAAUGUGGGUCCUCAUUUUGAGAUGUGGAAUGCUGGCAUUCUCGGCCCGGUUAAUCUGAACGGUCUCGACAAGGGCCGAAGAGACUUGACCUGGCAGAAAUGGACCUACAAGAUUGGUUUGGAUGGAGAAGCAAGGAGUCUUCAUUCGCUCAGUGGAAGUUCCUCGGUCGAAUGGAUGCAGGGAUCUUUCGUCGCUCGGAGACAGCCAUUGACAUGGUUUAAGACAACGUUCAACGCUCCUGCUGGAAAUUCGCCAUUGGCGUUGGAUAUGAGUAGCAUGAGUAAAGGACAGAUAUGGUUAAACGGUCAAAGCCUUGGACGCUACUGGCCAGCUUACAAGGCAUCUGGCUCGUGUGGUUACUGUGAUUAUACCGGUACAUACAAUGAGAAGAAAUGCUCGAGUAACUGUGGUGAGGCGUCUCAGAAAUGGUAUCACGUCCCUCGUUCUUGGUUAAACCCGACAGGGAACCUGUUGGUUGUGUUUGAAGAAUGGGGCGGAGACCCGAACGGGAUACGUCUAGUCAGAAGGGAUGUAGAUAGUGUAUGUGUUGAUAUCAAUGAGUGGCAACCAACACUAGUAAACUGGCAGCUGCAAGCCUCAGGUAAAGUCAACAAGCCCUUAAGGCCUAAAGCUCAUCUGUCCUGUGGUCCAGGCCAAAAGAUUUCGUCGGUCAAGUUCGCCAGCUUCGGAACACCGGAAGGCGAAUGUGGAAGUUUCCGGGAAGGAAGCUGCCACGCCCAUCAUUCGUAUGAUGUUUUCCAAAGGACCUGCGUAGGACAGAACAUGUGCACGGUAACAGUAGCACCAGAGAUGUUUGGAGGAGAUCCAUGUCCGAACGUGAUGAAGAAACUGUCGGUCGAAGUCGUAUGCAGCUGAUGGGUACAUGGAAUUGUAUACAGCAAAAGAUAGUGAUUCAUUUUGGGCGUUCUCCAUUGGUGAAGUUGUACAAAAUACACGACAGCUGAUGGAAGAUUGGGAAUUUAUGUGUAAAUAGUUAGGUGAUUUUGAUUGGUAUUCGCACCAAUCACACCAUAUUAUUAUAGAAAAAAAUGGAAGCACAUUGAGGUUUUAAGUAUUGAAUCCAUGUGCUUCUGUUCUUUAUGUUCUUGAAACAAAUGGAAGCCUCUGCCUUCUAUUCAUGUGUACUCUUAUCAUUUUAUACAAACAAUCCAUGGCUUCUCUAUUGAAACUUUUGUUUAUGAUA